AUGCUACCAUUUAAUUAUCUUGAUUGUACUACAUCUGCUGACAAUCGGCAUUCUAACCGUCCUGUGGAGCGUGUUGGAGAGCAGUCUCAGAUUUCUGAAAACCACACUUCUCAAGGGAGGCAGCAGAUGCCAUUCUUUCCAGGGUUUGAGAGAUUUGACGAGUUAUGUUUUAACAAUGGCUCUUCCGAGGCUUCUCCAUUCCAAUUAACUCAAGAUGAGUGUACAAAGCUUAGAAACAUCCACUCGGAGAUGUUGGAACUAUUUGCACCUGAACAGGAAAGGUCAUCACCAACUUCUUUAUCAUCGUUCAGAAUUUUAAACAAGUGCAGAAGCAACUUUGAAGAACAGAAUUCUGAAAAGGUAAAGGUGCCUGACUCUGAAAUUUCAUGCUCUAAGGUGGGUGGUCAAUCAGUCAUUGAAAUCAUACAGUUGGCAGGAGAAAAGUUCAUAAAGUCUAGAUCAUUAAGAAUUGAUGAUCUAUCAGAGCUUAGCCAAGGCCCUUAUGUUGACAAGACUGAAGAUGUUGAAUUUAUUAUACAGAAUCUUUUAUUGUCAGCUGAGAAAAUAGGAGAGCAACAGUUUGAGCUUGCAAGAAGCCUCCUAAACCAUUGUAACGAGUUCUGUUCAGAUAAAGGAAACCCUAUACAGAGAUUAGUGUACUACUUCUCUGCAGCUCUUCGUGAGAGAAUUGACCUAGAAAUGGGAGUGACAACACCAAAGGUGGUAUCACUUGAGUUUGAGAAAGCUAUUAUGAAUCCAAGUUCCACCAGCCUCACACUUCACCAACGGGUACCCUUCUGUCAAGUUAUGCAAUUUACUGGAGUACAAGCAAUAAUAGAACAUGUAUCUCAAGCAAAAAGAAUCCAUAUUAUUGAUCUUAAUAUAAAAUACGGAACUCAUUGUUCAAUUUUCAUACAAGAUCUUGCAAGUCGACAUGCAUGUCCUGUUGAGCACCUGAGAAUCACUGCACUUGGAACCAAUUCUAACAUUCUACCAACAGAUACAGGUAAGAGGUUGGCUAAUUUUGCCAAGUCCGUGAAUUUGUCAUUCUCUUUCCAUGUAGUCACCGUGGCUGACAUGCUAGAUCUUCAUGAAAAUCUCUUCGAGCUGGACACUGAUGAAGUUACUGCUGUGUACGCUCCAUAUAUCUUGUGGACCUUGAUCAGCAAGCAAGACAGGCUUGAAUGCCUGAUGAAAGUGAUCAGAAUCAUCAAUCCUUGUGUGAUGGUUGUUAGUGAAAAUGAGGUAAACCAUAAUUCACCCAUGUUUGUGAAUCGUUUUGUUGAAGCGCUUUUCUUCUUUGGCGCAUAUUUUGACUGCUUCGGGGAGUACAUGGAUGCUGAUGAUCCAGGAAGAUUCUCUGCUGAAUACAUGUUUGGUCAUGGAAUAAAAAACAUAGUAGCUACUGAUGGAAAGGAAAGAACAGUUAGACAAGUGAAAAAUGACGUAUGGGUCUCAUUUUUCGCGCAGUAUAACAUGGUGCAGAAGGAACUCAGCAGAUCAUCCUUGUACCAAGCAACCUUGGUAGCCAAGAAUUUCGAAUGUGAGGAUUCUUGCUCACUUAAGUUGGAUGGCAAAAGUUUGAUUCUUGGCUGGAAAGGAACAUCUGUUCUCUCUCUUUCUGCAUGGGAAUUCGUAUAA